CACGGUUUGGCUCUGGGCUUGAAACCACAGGCUGUAUCUGUCACACCCCUCUGGCAGUCAGAAGGGGGAAGUGGGUGAGCUUUAAAUACCAGCCGGUUGGGCUGAGAGCUGCAGUCUGAGCCGGCAGGAGACAGCGAGAGAACAACAGCGAACAAGGUCACAACUGAGCUGAAAUGGACUCUGCUAAGGUGUGUGGAUUCCUGGCAGCCGGCUGCCUCCUCCUCCUCACUCUGCUGGGAGAUCCCACUGCGGCCUGCUCCUGUGCCCCAAGGCACCCUCAGUCCGCAUACUGCAACGCUGAUGUUGUGAUCAGGGCCAAAUUUGUUGGAGUAAGCAAGCAGUCUCUGAAUGUCAGCAUAGGAGAACCUGUGUGGAUGGUGCGCUAUGAGAUCAAAACCACCAAGGUGUACAAGGGCUCUGAGCAGGUUCAAGAUGUCCGCUUCCUCCACACCCCUGCCAUGGAAAGUAUCUGCGGCUACAAGCAUAAGGGCUCUUUCAAAGGAGAAGAAUAUGUCAUUGCAGCAGGGAUGCUGGAAGACGAAAGCCUCUACAUCACAGCCUGCUCUUUCAUCCAGCCAUGGACUGAGCUAUCUCCUGCACAGAGACGAGGCCUGAGUCUGGACUACAGCAAAGGCUGCAACUGCACAAUCAUGGCCUGCACUUCCAUGCCGUGUUCCGUCAGCUCCGAUUCCCAGUGCCUGUGGACAGAUGGAAUUAUGUCCCAGCUAUGGGAGGGUGCCCAGGCCAAACGCUUGGCUUGCCUACCCCGUUCUGAGAAGCCCGGCCUCUGUACCUGGCAAGCACUGAGCACCCAAGGGCUUGGGUCCCUUCGCAAGGCUCGCCGGGGGUAGUAACAUCUUCAUGGACUCUUGACAGGGCUGGUGCUCCUCCCUGUGAAUAUACCCCACCCAUCCUUCUUUCUAGGUUGUGUCUUUUUUUAAAAAAAUAAACACCUCUUCCAAACCA